GGACGAUCACUUUUCGGCAGCACACCGGAAGUCGGCAGCAGGUGCCACCGGAAGUGUGUUCGGUGCAGCUUUUCCAAGGAAGCUAACGGGAUUUCACUGCGGAAAAGCCGAUCCAUAAUUACAACGCAAGAAAAAUAACAUAUAAUAUUGUGUUAUUCCUCAGCUGAAAUGAGCGCUGCAGUACCCAACCAUCGAAGGACAAAGCCUGGUGGCAUAAAGCCCGGGGUUGUUAACGCCGGCGCGACUGGACCGAGCUCCCAGAUCCCCGGUCUGUCCCAGACCGCUGCUGAAAACACCCCAGUGGAGAAGGCCAGCGGACGGCGGGUCGGGAUAUUCGAGUCCGACUCGGACUACGUGAAGCUCGCAAAGGGAGGAGGACAUAAAGGGCUGUUGAGUCACGAUGAUGUUGAUGCUGAUGACAAACCGAGGAUUCACUACAAUCCAUCUGCUAGUUGGUUUGGAGAUGAUGAGUCAAAGAGCGGAAGCAAAGCGACAUCUCCUGACAGCCAGAUGAAGGCGCGCAUGCAGCCUCUGACUGCACCGUUUGGCACUGAUAAUGGUUCCACCUGGGAGACCGAUUUAAUUUCCCCUAAUAAAGAGAAGAUGUCUCCUGAUGGCGUUGCCCGUCAGAUUGAGGGUCUCGCCGUGACCAGCAAAUACAAGAGAACAUGUCACGAUAAGAAGGCUCCUCCAGUCAGCAUGUCCAAGCUGCUGAGUCACGGCUACGUGGAGGAAAAGAAGUCGUCUCCCAACGACGACGACACCUCAAGCGUGACCUCGGAACAGACGAGCACCAUCGCGACGGAGGACGUGGACGACCUGGAGUAGUGUGCUCGUCUGGAGGGGGAAGCAGAAGGGGGUCGUCCUCACGCCGGUUCACGUCCACUUCCGCCCCUGUCGGAUUCACUCGCAUUUAUUGUACAUCCACUGACUGUUAGGUUUUGUACUCAUGUUUAUGCAAAGGUACCGUCCUCUCUCUUUAUUUGCUUUAAUUUGUAAAAACAGAGUUCACGCGGAUUUCGUCGGGUAGAUGUGCUCGCUGUGUUUUGAUUUCUGUCUCCCUCGAUUUGAAAGACGAGUUGUGCGCAGGGUAGGAAGCUAACGUCCUGUUUCACCAGCCAAAGCUUUUUUUUUUGACUGGCGCCUGGUGUUAGUUUCCCCCCCUGGUUGUAUGAAGAUCGAGUUAGUGAACUUUAAAGGUGUUUGUGCUAAUGAAUCGUGGUUCCAGUGACGUGAAAUAUUUGUUUUGAUCAAGGGCUCCUGCUGUCUGGAGGGACGUUAGAGGGGUCGUGUGUUUUCAGCUGCAGAUGCGAUCAGUCGUAGGGACGGCGACCCUGCAGCUGUGAUCACACGCCAAAGUGCAUACUGAUGGUUUGUUUGGGUUAAAAAUGGUUUUUAGGUUGCUGCUCUGCAAAAGGUUGCUCUGAUCUUCUAUUUCCUGCCACAAAUCUGUUGUUUCUGAGCUCCUAGAAUUGAGAAAAAUGCUCCAGUUUAAUGUUAAAUUUGCAUUUUUUUGACGAUAAACCAGGAGAAAAAAGCCUCAUAUUAAAUUAGCCAAUUAACAAGAGUGAUGUUUACUGUUUUCCAGAAGAUUUCGACUUCUAACUUUUAUUAAAUCAGGACGCUCAUCAGGGCGUUUGAAGCCCGUCCAAAUGUGUCAGAAGCUUUUCUAAUGAUAGAACUAAAUUGGGUCUUUCCUGCAUCUCUAAAUCCUUCACGGUUGUGUUAUUCCAACAACAGAUAAAAGCCGGGAAGUCGAAAGGAAAAACCGCCACCUUCAGCAGAGUGACGAGCUGAAAGUCGUGUCCGGCGUAAUUCCCCUGUGAAGAUUAAAAGGCAGACGAGUUUUUAGAAAAGUGAGUUCUCAACGUGCCAACCAAGCAGUUUUUCCCUGCUCACGCAGUGUUUGUUUGACUUUGUAGACAUCAGUAGGAGAACUUAGUGUUAGUGCACCGCCUGGUCACACCGAACCCUCCAUCUCAUGACGUGUGUUUAUCCAUCACAGUUUGUUCUCUUCAGAUCAGAGAAGCGGUUACUGCGGCAGCAAAACUUCAAUUCGGGGGGCAAAAAAAAAAAAUGUAUAACUCAAAGAAGUGACAGAAAAGGCUUUAAAUCAUCACAAAAUGUGUGUUUAAUGUGUUCAGUAAAGUCUCAAAUGUAAGAUAAUUAUCAAAAUAAGAUGUUCUACAAAAAACCAAGGAACUAAAGGCUGUUAAUCCACAUUUUACUCAAUAAUAAUCUGAAAAAGUGAAUUUUAUCAUUGUGAAAUUGAAAUUAACAACAAUUUAGUGUAAUUGUGAUGUUUAAAAAUAACAAAACAGGGAUGAAAUGGUAAGAAAUCGACUACAGGAUAAACAAAAAGAGACACUAAGGAUAAUUUUAUCACCAUAUUGACGAGUGUAGACGAUGAAGACGCAUGAAAAGAAAACGAGAUCUUUCAAAAGCACCGAAUUCAGUCUUAAAAGUGCAUAAAAAGUCUUAAAUUUAAUUCACAGAAGUCUUAAAUGUUUUCUGUCACUUGCUUUAGACAAACUGUGCUGUUAUGGUGUCAUGAUGAUGUUAAAUUAGGAUUUUAAAACAUGCAAAGUAAAGAUUUGCUGGUCUUCAGACUUUAUCUCCUUGAAGCCCUGUCAAAAAAAUGUGGAUUUUAAAAUCCCUCCGCACUCUUUGUUUCACCUGAAAAUGAAGUAUUUCAAGAUGAAAAUGUUGCUUUUUCACCCUUAAAUCAAGUGCCAAAUUCUUUUAUGUCUUCAGACCUUUGCUGAGACAGGAAACAGUUUGUCGAUCUGGUCAGUUCAGAAGCCAAAUCCUUCACUUACUUCCGUCACUUCACUCAAGAUUUGACAAAGACAAAGGAAGUAGUCCUCCUCCUCCUCCUCCUCUUCCUCCUCGACUGUCAGGACGUCUUGACGUAAACUUAAUAGAUUCCUCUGACAUCUGACGGACAGCUCGUCCUCGACUCAUUUACCGGUUGUAAUGUUUUUAAAGCCUCGACUGCGAACUUGCUGCCGACGGUGAAAUCCUAAUCCAGCAGGGACGUUUGUCAGGUGAAGAAAAUGCUCUUAAAAUGGAGGAGAAAUAAAAAGGGGGGAUCAGGAUGAUUUAUUUGGGUAUAACAGCCAGAUUACAGCUGCGAGUUUGUCCCUGUAAAUCCAACACAUUCAUCGCCUGCCGCAGUACCAGACUCCCAUUUGAAAAGAACCGACUUUAAAUUUUAAAAAAAACAAACAAACAAAAAAAAACUGUCAUGUUCAACACAACCUGUCUUGCUUUUGGGGAGGUUGUCAGUAUUUUCAACACAAUAUAUUUAAGUAACGAUGUAUAAUUUAUCUAUAUGUGGUAUUAAAAAGGUGUCGAGUGUUUGGCGCUUUACUUGUGUUUUUGGUGACACUGGAUUUAUUUUAUUUUUUAAAAUUAAUUUUUGUUUUGCAGUACGAAGAAAUGGCGAAUGUAUCGUCUUUUUGGAUGUGAGUUUCGCUUUUGAAGAACGGGUUUAUUUUUUAUGAACUGAUAAAUAUUCAGGUACAGUAUUUUUAUUUUUGUUUUAGUUUAGCUCUUCUCCCAGUGAGUCGGUGGCUUAUCAGUUUACAAACCAAUAGCAGGAACCUUUAGUGGCUUAACUCUGCGUAGUCCUCCCUGAAGAAGUUACUUGUUACUCGUAUGUCCUCUAAGUGGUAUUAUUUAAUUAUUAUUAUCAUUAUUUUUAAAUGCAAAUGUACCAGAGGAGACUGAAGAAGGCAGCAUUUUAAACAGAAGAUCACCUGAAGUGUUUGUUAGUGUGGAGAAGUCCUGCUGACGCCACUCGAUGUACGACCCCUCGCUUACGUUAAUGACUGCACACAGACUCUCAGCUAUCGUUUCAAUAAAUGGGCAUGUGCAUGUA